AUGUCAGCAAUACGCAACUUGACAACCGCGGCCAAGUUUCUGUCCGGCCGGCUGGCACCAUGUGGCCGAUCGUGGGGAGGCUCCAUCGUUCCGGUCCGUACCAUGCAGCACUAUCCGAUCGACGAGAGUUUGUUUGGGCUGACCGAGGAUCAGCAACAGCUACGCCAGACCGUGUUUAAUUUCGCCCAAAAAGAGCUGGCCCCGUUCGCGCAGGAGAUCGACAAGCAGAAUGAAUUUAAGGAUAUGCGAAGCUUCUGGCGUAAGCUGGGUGAACUUGGUGUCCUCGGGGUGACGGUGAAACCGGAGUACGGUGGACUCGGUGGAUCGUACCUUGAUCACUGCAUAGUGAACGAAGAAAUCUCGCGUGCCUGCGGAGCCGUGGCGCUAUCCUACGGUGCCCAUUCGAACCUGUGUGUGAAUCAAAUCCACCGUAACGGCACGGAAGAGCAGAGACAGAAGUACCUGCCGAAGUUGUGCAACGGCGAGCAUAUCGGCGCUCUGGCCAUGUCCGAGGCCGGUGCUGGGAGCGAUGUCGUGUCGAUGAAGCUGCGUGCUGACAAGCAGGGAGACUACUACGUACUGAACGGAAGCAAAUUUUGGAUCACAAACGGUCCGGUAGCAGACACGUACGUGAUCUACGCAAAGACAGAUGCCAACGCGAAGCCACAGCACGGUAUUACGGCGUUUCUCGUAGAGCGCGGCAUGCCCGGGUUCUCGCAGGGACCGAAACUAGACAAGCUGGGAAUCCGUGGCAGUCCGACGGGCGAACUGAUCUUCGAAGAUGUGAAAGUCCCAGCGAAGAACAUCCUUGGCGGUUUAAACAAGGGCGUGUACGUGCUGAUGUCAGGGUUGGACCUCGAGCGGCUCGUGUUGGCCGCUGGUCCGGUCGGUUUGAUGCAAGCGGCGUGUGAUGUCGCAUUCGAAUACGCGCAUGUGCGCAAGCAGUUUGACACGCGUAUUGGCGAGUUCCAGCUGAUGCAGGGCAAGAUGGCAGAUAUGUACACGACCAUGAACGCGUGCCGGGCGUACCUGUACUCGGUGGCACGAGCGUGCGAUCAGGCCAAAGCCAACCCGAAAGAUUGCGCCGGUGUGAUCCUGUACUGCGCCGAAAAGGCAACCCAGGUUGCGCUCGACGCCAUUCAAAUACUCGGCGGGAAUGGCUACAUCAACGACUACCCAACGGGACGCAUCAUGCGCGACUGCAAGUUGUACGAAAUUGGUGCCGGUACGUCGGAAAUUAGACGUAUGGUGAUCGGCCGCGCACUCAACAAGGAGUACCAGUGAACUGGGAACACUGGGGACUCCACCAGACACGUGGACACGGAACGGACACGUGGGUGUACCAAGUACACGAAAACUUCACCGACCGUGCCGUGAUUUACUGCAUCCUGCCGCGUUGCAAUCAUUUUCAACGCCAUCGAUUCUUCCGAAAGUGACGAAAUUGCAUUUACUAG